AUGAUGCGGAUCCUCGGGUGGUGCAUGGAGCUCGGCGUGACGUGCGUGACGGCGUACGCGUUCAGCGUCGACAACUUCGCCCGUGUGCCGGCGGAGGUGCGGGGCCUGAUGGAGCUGGCGCGGGAGAAGAUGCAGGAGCUCGCGCGCCACCAGGGCGUCCUGGCCGAGCACGGCGUCGUCGUGCGCGUGGUCGGGGAGCUGCAGUUGUUGCCGCGCGACGUGCAGGCCGCGGCACAGCGGCUCAUGGACGCGACGCGCGGCAACGGCGACCGCGUGCUCAACAUCUGCCUGGGCUACACCUCGCGGCAUGAGCUCGCGCGCGCCGUCCGCGGCGCCCGCGAGCGGCGGCGCCUGGGGGUGUCUGCGCGCGCACGUCCGACCGAGCACGAGCUCGACGCGCAGCUGCAAACCGCGGGGUCGCCCCCGGUCGACCUCCUCGUGCGCACGUCCGGCGAAACGCGCCUCAGCGACUUCCUGACGCGGCAGGUCGCCUUCGCGACGCUUCACUUCACCCCGCGUCUGUGGCCGGAGCUGGGCUUCCUCGACUUCGCACUCGCCGUCGUGCAGUACCAGCGCGAAGCGCCGCUCCUGCGCGCCGCGCGCGCGGCGUCGACGUCGCGUCCGGCGGCCGCGGGCCCGCGGUGGUCGGCGCCCGGGUGCGCAGCACCGCUGCUGCCACGCGCGGCCGCCCACCGCGGCGCAGGCGUGCCGGGCUCGCGCGGGGCGACGUGGAGCGAGAAGAAGGAGGGUGUGUCCCCGGCGAGGCAGUCGGGGGACAGCGAGGGGGCGCAAGAUAGGCAUUCCUCGUGUUCGGAGAUGGCCACGAGGUCCUAUGUGGGCAGCGAGGGGUCCGCGGGGGAAGACAUAGACGGUAGAGGCGGCGCCGAGGUGCCGCGGGGGCACGCCAGCUGA